CUUUAGUCCGCACCUAUGCGUGCCGCAUUUCUCAUGGGUGUAUGAGGAAGGUGGACAGCAAGGUCAGAGGCAUCGGUGGAAAAGAGAGUUGGUCUUGCUUGGCCGUCUGUCUGGGCUUCGCCGCUUCGCUUCGCUUCGCUGCCUUCGCCAAGUGAUAACGCCGAACUCCACGCCCGUCCACGCGCCAGUCGCUCGCCCGUCGCCGACUGCUCUGUUCUGCCGAGUCCGCCGCCCCAGGCCCGCUGCCCCAGCCCGCCGCCAGGUACCGCAGCACCAGAGCAGACGCUGUGUAGACGCCGAGGUUCAAGGUCGUGUCCGCUUGUCCGCUUCCGAGUCGUGGCCUAGUAGUGUACCGCCCCACGAUGCCGGGCCUGCCGGGCCGUCUGUUGCUGCGCCGCCUGCGCCUCGGGUCGGCGAGCUCGUCGUGCCGCCCCUACGCCCACACCGCCGCCAACAGCGCCAGCAGCGUCGCCACGCCGACGCCAACGUCCAACGCAGCGCCGUCGCCUGAGGGGUUGAGCUACCUGCACAACACGGGCAGCGACCCGCUGCGGUACAUCAGCGUGGGCCAGCUGUCGGCGAGGGCGGCCCAGCGCUAUGGCGACAGGGACGCCGUCGUGUCCGUGGAGGAGGGCGUGCGCCUCACCUACCGCCAGACCCUCCAACUGGCGGACUCCAUGGCGGCCGGCUUGCGCCGGCUGGGGCUGCAGCAGGGGGAGCGGGUGGCCAUCUGGGGGCCCAACUCGUGGCGCUGGGUCGUCACCAAGAUCGCCGUGGCCAGGGCCGGCAUGGUGUCGGUGGACAUAAACCCCGUGUACCGCGAGCAGGAGGCGCUGCACUGCCUGUCGCUGGCGCGCGUCGCCGCCGUGGUGGUGGCCGAGGAGCACCGCGGCGUGCGCUACCACGACCUGCUGUCGGCCAUCGUCCCGGAGCUGGCCGGCACCACCGGCACCGGCCGGGAGAGCAUCAAGUCCGCCGUGCUUCCGGACCUCCGGAACAUCAUCUCCUUGGCCAAGACCGCGCCGCCGGGCUGCUUGUCUUUCGACGACGUCAUGUCGUCCGCUUCUGCCGAGGACGUGAAGGCAGUGGAGGCACUGGACGCUGACAUCAGUCCCGACCACGGCAGUAACAUUCAGUUCUCAUCGGGGACUACUGGUCGUCCCAAGGCUAUCCUGCUUCCGCAUCUGGGGGUCGUCAACAAUGGAUUUUUCAACGGAAAGAGAUUCGGUUUCCACGAAAAGCAUCACGUGGUGUGCCUGCAGACGCCCUUGUUCCACGUGUACGGCACCAUCGUCAUCAUGAGCUCCGUCAUCAACCACGGCGCCACCCUGGUGCUUCCCUGCGCCGGCUACGACCCGAGGCGUGGCAUCGCCGCCACCCUCAGCGAGAAGUGCACGGUGAUGACGGGGACGCCCACCAUGCACGUGGACAUGGUGCGCGCCGUGGAGGCGCAGGGCACCAAGCUCGACACCCUGGAGCUGGCCAUCACGGGCGGCGCCCCCAUCACCCCGGACUUCGUGCGCAGGAUGAAGUCCACCCUCGGCGUCAAGAGAAUAUGCAGUGUCUACGGCCUGUCGGAGACGUCGGCGGUCGUGUUCCAAGGCACCAAGGACGACACGGAGGCGCAGAUGGCCGAGACCGUCGGCCGGAUAGGCGAAAAUAUCGAGGCCAAAGUCGUGGACCCGCAGGACAGACUGGUGCCGUUUGGAGAGCCGGGAGAGUUGUUGGUCCGCGGCUACUGCAAUAUGAAGGGCUACUUCCAGAACGAGGAGGCCACAGCAAAGACUCUGGUCGACGGCUGGAUACGCACUGGUGACAAGUUUGUGUUGAACGAGAGCGGGUACGGCCGCAUCGUGGGCCGCCUCAAGGACAUGGUCAUUCGCGGCGGGGAGAACAUCUACCCCAAGGAGGUGGAGGACGCCAUCGGCACGAACGCGGACAUCGAGGAGGUCGAGGUGGUGGGCGUGCCCGACGAGAGGAUGGGCGAGGAGCUGUGCGCCUGCCUCAAGGUGCGCCGCGGCGCCACCGUCACCGCCCAGGACCUGCGCACCUUCCUCAAGGGGAAGGUGGCCUCGUACAAGAUCCCGCGGUACUGCGUCACCAUGACCGACUUCCACAAGACGCUGUCGGGGAAAAUCCAAAAGUUCAAACUUCGCGAGGAAUGCGAGCGGCUCCUGGCCGAGGGCAAGCUGGACGAGGUCAAGAGGAAAUAGCUCGACCAGCCCGGCCGGCCCGGCAUACCUAGAGCAUCCAGAGUAUUUGCCGAGUAUUCAGAGAAAAAAGUUCAUUCUUUCGCUUGGGAGGAUCUCAAUAAAUAAAACAUUUUCUUAGGAA